CUUGGCUCUGCUCUUAAAGUGGCAGGCACCAACAGUGCCCGGCCACAAUAUUAAACUAAGCAACCCCCUGGGCCAAAUAGCAAAGAGACCUUGAGGACAUCAUCAUAACGGUUUUGAUGAAAUAAGGAAAUCCAAGCAGGACAUUAUGCUGGAUAAGGCUUUGGUUUAAUAUUAAAAGGGAGAUCACAUCAAAUUUCAAAUUCAGAGAAAAAAUAAAAUAAUACAAAUGAUGCCAAUACUUGAAUACUUUAGAAUUCUGGGUGCUGGGAUAGAGAUUUCUUAAUAACAGUCGUUGCAGUCUAUAUUGUCCCUUCCAACGUAGAGGGGAAGGAAGGGACAUACAAAUGUCACGUGAAUAUAUGUAUAUACAUGGUGAUCAUUUAUCAGUGUUUUUAAUUUUGGGAAUUUAUUUACAGAAAUGAAUGUCAGUGUGAGGGUGUAUUUUCAUUAAUUUUAUACUGCAUAUGGAUUUUCCAAGGAUUAAGAUUACAGUAUGUUCGUUCAUUAGCCUUUCACCUCAAUUUAAAUACUGCUCAAAUCAAAUGUCUCAUCCAUCACAAUCUGACAGGUCUGGCAAUAUAAGAGAACUUUAAGACUAAUAUAUCAAGCACAUAUUGAGCUGUAUGGGCAACACUUUACAGAAGAAGUGCAUGUUAUACCUGGCUCAAGUCAGCACUACAAUAUUAGCCUGAGUUUUGGAGCAUGUUAAGAGAUUUAUCAAUGAAACUUGGUUGGAACGAUAUGGCUCUCCCCUCCAUCAAAAGACCCUUAUGUUGAUAUGGUCAUUCAUUGUAUCAAUCUACGGCAUUGGCGGACUGCUGGGGUGUCUUUGCAGUGGAUACCUAACUACUAAAUAUGGAAAAAAGAAAUGUCUAAUGUACAACAAUCUACUCAUCAUAGCAACUGCAUUUCUCAUGGGCUUCAGUAAGAUGGCCAAGUCCUUUGAGAUGGUUCUGUCUGGACGCUUCUUCUAUGGCAUCAGUGCAGGCUUCUGUAUGACUAUACACCCUCAGUAUGCAGGAGAAGUUUCCCCCAAGAAACUGCGAGGGUUUGCAAACUCUUCUGCUGGUCUCUUUUGGUCACUAGGAAAAGUCUUAGGGCAAAUUAUGGGACUAAGUGAAUUUCUAGGAACUGAAUCCUUGUGGCCAUUGCUGAUGGCUUUCAUAGGAAUUGCAGCACUGAUCCAGCUGGUCACUCUGCCGUUCUUUCCUGAAUCUCCACCCUACCUGUUCAUUCAAAAGGAUGAUGAGGAAGGCUGCUUGAAGACCAUGGAUAAACUGUGGGGUGAGAUGGACCAUCAAGCAGAACUUAACAAUAUGAAGGAAGAAAAGGCUGCAACUAAAAGCAUCAAAUCCAUGAGCAUCCUGCAAGUCAUGAAAGACCCAUCCUUGCACUGGCAGUUGUACAUUUUAGUUACUGUUGUCAUAGUGAUGCAGCUUUGUGGCAUCAAUGCAGUCUACUUCUACACAUUUGAGGUGCUGUGCACAGCUGGGUUUGAAGAAGGCCGUAUCCCAUAUAUAUCACUGGGUGUUGGACUCUGUGAACUCUUCUCCACUAUACUCUGUACCUUUACCAUUGAGUGGUUUGGCAGGAAGACACUCCUGUGGAAAGGCUAUGCAAUGAUGGCUUUAGUGCUGGUUCUUCUCACAAUAACUCUCUCCCUGCAGAAUAAAUAUAACUGGAUGUCCUAUUGCAGUGUCAUUCUGAUCUUCCUAUUUGUUUUCUUCUUUGGAGUUGGACCAUGUGGAGCCACCAUGUCCAUCAUGGUUGAAAUAUUCAACCAGUCAUCUCGAUCCUCAGCCUUUGUGAUUGGAGGGUGCCUCAACUGGGUGGGACUUUUCGUGAUUGGAAUGAUUUUCCCAUUCAUUGUUGAAAGCCUCGGUCCUUUCUGCUUUCUCAUAUUCAUGGGGGUUCUUGUUGGCUCAGGGAUCUUCAUCUACCUCUUCCUUCCAGAGACAAAGGGGAAGUCAGUCACAGAAAUAACAGAGGAAUUCACCAAGUUAUAUUCUGGGAACAAACUUUCUUCUAUUGUGAGAAGGAACUUCCUUGAGGAACACAUGUCCUACACCAGCUUCUAAUGGCCAAUGGAAAGACCUUUUACUAUUUAAAAUUGAAGAUAUUGAUUCUUACAGACAGAAGAACAAAAGAAAGCUACACUAUU